ACACGUGCCUCCGCUGCUUGCACAACCACCGCUGAGUUUCCAGUCUGACAGUUCAGUGACAUAUACACGCGAGCGCUCGAGUAUAGUGUCGUGCUUGCGAGUGUGUUUGACGCAUCUUCUCCUGCUGCUGCAGUCGCUGCGCGCUGCACUCCUGCGGUUACACCAGGAGAGAGCUGGCCACUUAUUGCGAUCGAGGCGGGGAGUAUAUACAGUAGUUGAAGUGACACACACACACUCUGUUUCCCUCGAGAGGCUUUCGUCGGUAUCGCGCGCGCUAAUCCCGAAUUCUAUACCCCGUGGCUUAUCCUCGUCUGUGUACAUCCUUAAUCCAUCCUAAGGGGUAUUUAGUACGUGACAAUAUUUCACAUCCUUAAAUUCGUACGUAGGCUUAUAAAACACACGCUGUUUUAUACUGUAUAAAUCGAAUCUUUCUCGUUUUCCGAAGUGCAGUGUGUUUAUGUGUCCGUGAGAAUAUAUAAAUCCCACGUGAAAUAGUACAUCCGAGCUCUCGAGGAUCAGUGGCCGAGAUUUGUAAGCAAUUCCACUGCGCUGCUUGUUUCGGGCCGAGAGCAACAGCGAGAGAGAGUGCGGUAAUUCCAAAUUGUGGUUUUAAACGAGAGAAACGAUAUCCAGCAGCAGCAACUCAGCUGUCUGUGUGCUAACGCGUCUGUGUUGGUGUGUGUGUGUUUGUUCUGCGGUCGUAGUGAUAUAUUGUGAUCUUGAAAUUUAUACAGUAUAAAUCCAUCAUAGUGAUGUAUAAUUCUACGGUUUAUGAAAGCUCGCAGUGAUGCAUGCAACGAAGCGUCCUCGUGACAUAAUGUGUAAAUGAAGAAAAUUUACAGUGUCGGUUUUGUUACGACGACGAUGAUGAUGUUAGCCGACAAGGAUUUUAACGAAUGUAAAGAGAGCGAAAAAACCUAGGGAAGAAAAGAGCUGCGAUCGUGUUAUAUCGAUAAGAAAAAACAACUACACGACUCUCUGAGAAUUUCUUGGCUGCUGUACGGAUAAAUUAAAUGAAACAAGCGCAACCAAGCAAGCAGCAGCAGCCCCCGAUGGCUGAAUUAUGCCUCGGGUUCGAAUUCCCGGCGAAUAACCCCCCCGAGCGGAAUGCAGUAGUUGCACGGUAGAAGUGUGCGACAAAGAAGAGGCGGUACGUCGUCGUCGUCGUCGUGUGCAUGACCUCUUGCAGGUAUAGAGGAACAGGAAACGCGAUAAAGCGAUAAAGCUGUGUGUCGCUGUCUGUGCAUCGUAUAACCAUCGUCGUCGUGCUGCAACCCGGAAGAAGAAGAAGAAGCAGAGGAAGUUCAGCUACCCCCGUUGAUGAUUCGGGUUACACGACUCUGCUGCUGGGCUCUUCCGUGUUAUCGCGAGUGAUAUCUUUCCCUCUCCAAAAGCUAUAGACGCCGAGAGGCGAACACGUUUUACCUCGUCGGAUAGAUAUAUUUCGCUAGUUUUUUUUUUUUUUUUGCCCCCCGACGAUGCACGAACACGAAAAAAAUAUAAAGAGGAUCGAGAGAAGAAUAUCGGCCGAGCUAGUAAGCGCAUUCUUGGACCAGCAGCAGCGCAGACAGCCGCAAUAAUCAGGAUAAAUCUCAGCGCGAUAAAUCUCUCUCUCUCAUCUCUGGAGCGCAAUCAAAUUUUCGAACAAUAAACCCCCGCGCGGGUUGGGAUGAAUAAUGAUUGUGAAAAGAUUCGUCGGGCUGGCCGAUCAUCAAUUAUAAACUAAAGUACCUAGAGCUGCUACGUAAUCGGAAGUUUUUGUAAUCGGUCGGUCGGUCGGCGUGUGCUUAAUAGCAAAAAUGAAGAAUGCGAAGGAGUACAUAUUGACGCGGAUCAACGCGCGUAAUUAACCAAAAUGAAUAAAUAUCGAGUGGAUCACCGAGAUAUGAUGUAAAACGUUGUGCGCGCAGUGUGCGAUAUGAUGACAUGAGGAUGUUGCUGCAGUCGAGAUAAUAGCCUGGGCUGAGAGUCAUGAGACUUCGAGCCUACUUCUGCAGCCGUCGUCAAAAAGCGAUGCCUAUUAACUUAUCCAUCCUCACGUGCAUUAUGAUUUAUUUUGGAUCUUGCGCAAGCGGACUGAGGAACUUCCGAACGGAUUUUUUGGAGGAAUGGCCGACGCCGGGCACGGGACCGCAUUUCGAUACUACAAUGAGCUCGAACUUCACAGGUCUUGUCGGCAAGACCGUGCAUCUGGUAUGCAAAGUAAAAAACUUGGGCAAUCGAACAGUGUCUUGGGUCAGGCACCGGGACAUACACCUGUUGACGGUGGGCCGCUACACGUACACGAGCGACCAGCGCUUCGAGGCGCUGCACUCGCCCCACACGGAAGAGUGGACCCUCAAGAUACGCUAUCCCCAGCGCAAGGACUCGGGCAUCUACGAGUGCCAGAUAUCCACGACGCCGCCCAUCGGCCAUCCGGUCUACCUGACCAUCGUCGAGCCGGAAACCAUCAUCGUCGGCUCGCCGGAUCUCUUCGUCAAUAAGGGGAGCACCAUAAAUCUCACCUGCCUCGUAAAAUUUGCCCCGGAGCCUCCGCCGAAGAUGACCUGGAGUCAUAACACGGAGGAAAUUAAUUUCGACUCGCCGCGCGGCGGCAUCAGCCUCGUGACGGAAAAGGGCCCGGAGACCACGUCGAGAUUGAUGAUCCAGCGCGCGGUCUCCAGCGACUCCGGGGUCUACAGCUGCCAGCCGAGCAACGCCAAUCCCGGCAGCAUAAGAGUGCACGUUGUCAAGGAGGAGCAUCCGGCGGCAAUGUAUCACGGGGAUGGCAGCACGACGCUGUACGCGCCCUCGCUGACGCUGCUGCUGAUUCUGGGACUACUGGCCGAUGCUAUGUUUUUUGUAACAAAGGUCAAGGGUUUGUGUAAAUUAUAAAAUGCCAGGAUUCGUAGAGUUUAUUAAAGCUGUGAAUGAGUGAGUGUGUAAGAUAAGAGUAUAUAUACUUAUUUAAUAAGAAAACUGUUGACGCAGACGCGAAAAAACUUGAAAAUCGAUCCAAUACACCUAUAGUUAAAAAAAAACAACAAAUAUUAGUAUUUUAUUAUUCGAAGCCAUAUAGAUUUGAACGUGAAUGAUAAUUUGUAAAACGAGGGCUUCUAAAGGCCCCCGCGAUGCAAUUUUUGUACAUAAUAACGAUACGAUUUUUCUGUAUAUACAUAUCAUUAAAGAAAAAAAAAUAUCUCCGUAAUAAAAAAAAAAUUAUACUCCUUCCGUUUAUAAAAUGAUUGACGACACACAUCCGAAAAAAAAUGCGUAUAUGUAAUGUGUUUAACGAGAGAUACAUGUCGCUGCGAAAUGACAACGUCGACUAGUUGACAGGCAAUAGCUAGUGAGAAAAAAAAAUGAAAAAAAAAAAAUUACUACUCAACUAUGUUUCUCUGAUGUACAUAUUAAUAGUAUAAAAAUCUAUUAA